UUCCUGCCAACUGAUCUCAGAUUCUUCCUCUCAACUCUAAGUCUAAAAGUGAAAUCAAACGAUUCUCGCUUAGGGUUUUGUCGAUAGCUCUGUUUCUUCUUGCAAUUCCUGCCAUGGAGUUAGAUAACUUCAGGGUAGGUCUUACUCCAACAGUAUACUACAUUCCCGGUUUCAUAACUGACGAAGAGCAAACUCAGCUCCUAAACCAUAUAUAUGGAGCAUCUGGUUCCAAGUGGAAGACAUUAAAGAACAGAAGAUUACAGAACUGGGGUGGUAUGGUUCAUGAAAAGGGUCUUGUUCCACAAGAAUUGCCUUCCUGGCUGACAGAGAUUACAUCGAAAAUUCAUGAAAGAUCGGGUCUGUUCCCUUCUGCUAUAAAUCAUGUCCUCAUCAAUGAAUACCAUCCUGACCAAGGGAUAAUGCCGCACCAGGAUGGACCUGCUUAUUUUCCUGUUGUAGCUAUACUGUCUCUUGGCUCACCUGUCGUUAUGGACUUCACUCCGCAUUUGAGAUUAAGAUCAGGUGAUGAUUACAUUUCCAAAGACCAAAGUCUCGGUGCAGAGAGUUGUGUGCCUGAGAGAGACUCAUUCUCUGUCUUGAUGAUGCCUCGUAGCUUACUCAUCUUCAAAGACGACUCAUACUCAGAUUUCCUCCACGGCAUCAGCGAUAGUCCAACACAAUGCUAUAACCAGGUCGUUAACGAAGCUGAAGCUUCCGCUUACUCUAAGGAAGAUUCAAGAAAAGAUGGUGACAAGAUUCUUCACAGAGACCAAACUCGAGUUUCACUUACUUGCCGUUUAGUCCCCAAAGUCCACAAAAAUCUCUUCAGGCUUUAAGAUAUGAAAACACAAUAUUUGUCUUGACGUUUAUGACUAUGAAAAACGGUACGAUUUGCGACGUGAGAAUAUAUAAAAAACGACACGAUUUGUGGUUUGUGUAAACUUGAGGA